CGUGUCGUGCGUGGCACUCAUGGACACUUGAACAUGGCUGGAGAAAAGCUCAUGUUUGGAGUAUUUUUUUAAAGAUGGACCGAUAUUCUGAACCGUUGAAGUGUGGCUUACCAGAUUUCCAGCAGCAGUUGGAAGACGGGGCCUCUAAUAUAGCAGCCAACAAAAGCAACGACAUCUGUAAAUGGACUAAUCCACUGCAGUCGGGAAGAAACAGCCUGAAAAAAGAAUUAUCUGUCACUGAAUCGGGAAAUCACACCGAUGACAAACUUUUUAGUUGCUUCUUUUGUGAGAAAAAAUUUGUAACGGGGGGACUACUGACUUUACACACGUCUGUGCAUACUGGAGAAAAGCUGCUCAGCUGCAUCAUUUGUAAGAGAACGUUUGGUUUGGAGUCGGAGCUCCGGAGUCAUCUGUGUGCUGUUGAGACUUCUCAGGAUCAUCAAAGCCAAGCUGACGAUCAGACCAGUAAACAGGUUAACUGUUCUCAGUGCAGUGAAGCAUUUUCUAGCUGUGAAGAUUUAAAUGUUCACCUCAGGUGUCACACAAGGGGAGACACAUUCAGGUGUUCAGUUUGUAGCGCAUGUUGUUCUGACCGAGACUCUUUAAUUCAGCACAUGAGGAUCCACACAAGACAAACACAGUUUACCUGUUCAGUUUGUGGUAAAGACUUCGCCUGGAGAAGACAUCUGACAAAACAUAUGGAAGUGCAUAAGAAAAAGAAAAAAGUAUUCAGGUGUAGAAUUUGUGCUGCUGAAUUUUAUACGUAUUAUCUGUUGUCUAAACACAAGCCCAUUCAUCAGUCGUCAGAGUUUUCUCACAGCCAGGAGAAUGGACUGAUAGAAACGGCAGCUGAUGGAGAGGACUGUUCAGGACCAGAAUCGCUCAAAUCAAACCCAGAUACGUGUUUAAAGGCAGAGACUGAUGUGGGGACUGUACCUUUUAAAACUGAAGAGCAGGACUUUUGGGAAGAAACCAAAGAGCCUCAGUCUGAUUUUACCUCUGUGGGAAAGUAUGAAAUGUUUGAGAGUGAAACGAAGUCAAACAUACAACAGUUGACAGACGGAGAGGGUCCGAGUCAUACAGAGCUACAGAAGGUGGUGAAGCAGGAGGACCCGGAGCCUCCACACAUUAAAGAGGAACCUGAAGAAAAUGAGAUCACCGAAUUCUCAGUUAUUUCUUUCACUGUGAAGACUGAAGAUGAAGAAGAGAAGCCUAAGCCCUCUGAGCUUCACCGUCAGACUGAAGAGAACAGAAAUUGCGUUGAAGAACCAGACCCAGAUAAGAAUGGCACGACUUCAGAUUCCUCUGACCCUGACACGGACGACAGCGACUGUUGGAAACAGAAAAGGAAACCACAGUCAGGUUCCCACUCUGAAAGCGAUUCUGGCAGAAACCCGUUUAGCUGUUCUGAUAACAGGCCAUCAGAGUCUCUGCAUCCUGAGAGUGAUGACAGUGUUGAUAGCGACUUUUGGAAAGAUGACAGAAAACCACAAACAAGUUUAAACUCAUUGAAACAGGAGGUUUCAGAAGUUGGAGUGAAAUAUGUAACUGACUUGAAGCCAUAUAGCUGUAUUCAGUGCAGUAAAGCAUUUCGAUACAGCUCUUAUUUGAAGAUUCACAUGAAACAGCACACAGAAAAGUAUUUUUGUUCUGUAUGUGGUCAUAAAUCUACUUCCAGUUCAAAUCUCAAGGUUCACAUGAGAACUCACACAGGAGAGAAACCUUUCAGUUGCCAAAUUUGUGAUAAAAAGUAUACUAAUAAGGCAAGCCUGCAGUCUCACAUGACUCUCCACACUGCAGAACGGAAGUACAGUUGUGAUGUGUGCAAGAAAAGCUUUGCUUGGUACACAGAGCUUAAAUACCACAAGUGUGUUGGCGAGUCCUCGCAUGAACAAAUGUACGAAGAAAACACUGGCAUAAAUCUGAAACGCCACACGUCAUACAGCUGAAAUGGUUAAUAUUCAUAGAUUGGUUGGAUGAGUUGUUUCUUUUGUUGAUGGUAUUUUCCCUAAAUGCUGGAAGUGGUCAUUUAUUCUUCUUAAUGUUAGAUCUGUGCAUUUGAAAUAGAAAGUUGCCCCAUAUUAACCUGCUGUGGCUCAAGAUGCAGAGAAGGGUUGUUGUUAUUGCGUCCACUGCUUAAAAAUGAAUAAUGUAAAUUUUAACAAAAAAAAAGCCUAGACCUCAAUCCAAUUGAGAAUCUCUGGUUUGACCUGAAGACUGCUGUUCACAAGCGGAAACCAUCCAACAUCAAGGAGCUGGAGAAGUUUUGUGUUGAGGAAUGGUCAAAACUCCCAGUGGCAAGAUGUGGCAAGCUCAUAGACACUUAUGAAAAGCGACUUGCAGCUGUAAUUGCCGCAAAAGGUGGCUCUACAAAGUACUGACAUUAGGGGGGUGAAUACAUAUGCACAUGCUAAUGUUAAGUGUUUUAUUUUUUUAAAUUAUUGUUUUAUAGAUAUUUCUCUCAUUUCACUUCACCAACUUAAGACUAUUUUGUUCAGAUCCAUCACAUACAAUUCAGAUUCAUGAAAAAAAUUGAGUUUAUGUUUUAAGUUUUCUAGUAAUAAUGUCAGAUGAAGCGUUCCAAACCAAAACGAAUGAGCCCUCUAGCGUAUCUCUCCGUUGCCUUGAACAGGCUUUGUGCUGCAAAAUGUGCUGCAAUUCCGGGCCCGAGUUUCCCGCGCUGUCCUGCGGAUGUGACGUCACAUGACGCUGCAUGCGCGUUCUCCCCGUUCUCCCGUGCCGGCUUCGCUGUUGGCUGCAGUACCCCCGACGGCCGUUGUGGCGCUAAUGAGUCUCAUUUCUUAUUCUUGCCUCAAGCUCCUUGAGGCAAGGAGAGGUUUCACAUCAGAUAUGGAUUCUGAAUGUGUCUCCCAAAGUUUUGACUGCUUAAAAUACUCCCCCCCCCCCCGCCCCCCCCAUCAAUCUGUCCACUUACCUUAUUUUUCAUGAGAACUUCAUUGAAUGCUUUAGCAGAUUAGGUUAAAUUUUUCCCAUUAAAUUAUCUUUGCUUGUAUUCAAAUUUUUGAGAUGUAUUUUCUCAUAUCGGUCUACUCUGUUUUCAUUUAAACAGUUGUUUCAGUCUAUGUUGGAUAAUAUGAAAAACUGUUGCACAGAAGCACACUUAUGUUUACUGAAAACCUCAGAGAAAUGCUUCUUUCUAUUACCGGCCAUUUCUGUGGCCUGUAACGCCCGCCAAUGUAAUAAUGCCUGCAAACGUAAUAAACCACAAACGUAAUAAAAAUAUGCAGCUUUUAAUGUAAUAGCUUUUACAGCUUUUAAUUAUUAAUUAAUUAUAAUUAAUUAUUAAUUAUUAAUAAUCCUGCAAAUGUAAUACAUUUCCCACAAACGUAAUAGUCGCUGCCUACUACAAACGUAACACGCGAUUUCCCACAAAUGUAAUAACUAUUACGUUUAUAGAGACAAGUUUGUGGUGAAGUGAAAAUCUUCAACUUUCAAUGUUGUAAUAACUUCCCACAAAUGUAAUAAUGCAAUGAAUAAUGGUUGUUGGUAUGUAUACUCAGAAUAAUGGCUAUAAUUGCCACGGCAUGCCACGGUCAGCUCGAGACAAUUGUCUCAAGCUGACCGGAGCAUCAAGACUGGAGAGAUGAUUAAAAAUGAUGUCCGAGCUGUCAUGUUAGUCUAUGUCCAAAAUAACACUGAACAGCUUGUCUGAUUACGCUUUUAGUUGUCAUCCAUCCAUUCAAUACACGUAACUGACAUUGAUCUAUUCACAGUGAUUCAUUAUCAGCUGUAAAUACUUGUGUACAGCCAUUAUUCUGAGUCCAAAUCCCAUGCAGUAUAUAUCUAAAUUGAGUAUUCCAAAACGAAUAAUGCAAACUACAGAUCACGUCAUUGGCACCCCAGAAUACAGCUUUGCCACCGAGGUGGCAAAGCGCUCUCUGCUCUGUGCGCUCUGUGCGCUCUGAAUUUGGGCACACCAUAGGUCUGGGUAAUGUACUCGCAAAUAUCCAGUGUAACAGUCUUUGUGAGGAAAUAUCUAUUCUUCUCUUUGUUUGCCACCUCCAAAACAGACAAACAGUUGUUGCAUCUCUGUCAUGGAAGGUGCGCUUCUAAACCCGAAUCGCGCAAACCCGAAGCGCAUGAUGAGAUGAGGUCUCUCCUCCUCCUCCAUUUGCACAAAUUGAUUAAACCAAAACAAACUAAGCAAACGUAAUUCAUUUGGUAGAUAUAGUCCAGUUACUACAGAAUAGCCUACAGUUCAGUUGGCCUAACGUUACGCUCCCCGAAAAAGUGUCGUGUCUGACACAUCCACAGCAUUAGGGCAGGCUGCGAGAGUGGGUUUUAUUAUAAUUUACACAUUCACCGGCUAGUUUGCAAAAUAGCCGUUUUUCUACAUUAACCGUAACAUAUACAUACCAACAACCAUUAUUCAUUGCAUUAUUACAUUUGUGGGAAGUUAUUACAACAUUAAAGUUGAAGAUUUUCACUUCCCCACAAACGUAAUAAAUCUCUACAAACGUAAUAGUUAUUACAUUUGUGGGAAAUCGCGUGUUACGUUUGUAGUAGGCAGGCACUAUUACGUUUGUGGGAAAUGUAUUACAUUUGCAGGAUUAUUACAUUAAAAGCUGCAUAUUUUUAUUACGUUUUGUGGUUUAUUACGUUUGCGGGCAUUAUUACAUUGAAAAACU